AUGUUGCGAACGACUACACUAAGACCAGCGGUUCGCACAGCCCUGCCUACCCCUCUAGGAGCCUCCAUCAUCCGUCGGAGUGUCGCGACGACUCCCUCUGGCUCUGAAGCACCUGCAUCCUCUACUACUCCCGCCCAGAAGCUUGACUGGCCGACUUUUCUUUCGCUGAGACAACAAUGCCGUCAUGUUGGCCUUGCGUUUGCUCCCAUUACGGGGCUUGCUUCUAUGUUCGCAUCCUUCGUGGUUCUCGGCUCCCAGGACAUUGAUCCGUCACAAACUAUCUAUGGCUUCGAUCCUUUCAUUGCGUACGGUGCCGCUACUGUCUGUAUUGGUGGUGUUGGAGCCUUGUUGGGUCCAGCUAUCGGUGAGGGCCUUUGGUGGAUGACCAAGGGACGACAUGUCAAGGCCCAAAUGCAGGCAAGGCAGAAGGAGUUUUACGACAGAAUCAAGAAGCACAGAGUGGAUGCUUCCAGACAGAGUUUCGCAAACCCUGUUCCGGAUUACUAUGGAGAGAAGAUUGCAAGCUUGAAGGGUUACCGCCAGUGGUUGAGAGAUCAGAAGGCGUUCAGGAACAAGAGUCAGAGAUUCCUUUAA